AUGUCGUGUUCAAACAGCAUAUGGCCUGCUGUAUCUAACUUGUGCGGGUCGUUGUCUUUCUUCACUUCUGUUAUUUCACUGUUCCCCCAAAUCAUUGAAACUUAUCGAGAUAAAUCUGUUGAUGGGCUGUCGCCAUAUUUUUUGUUGGCAUGGCUCUGUGGGGACAUUACUUCGUUGAUAGGGGCAAAGCUAACAGGACAGUUGUUAUUUCAAAUACUUCUCGCUGUUUAUUUUUUGUUCAACGAUUCGUUUGUAUGUGGCCAAUACUAUUACUAUGGUGUAUUGUAUGAAAAUAAACUAGCAACUAUCGGUCAUGAGCCCAAACCUCUCCUUCCUGAAUUGGUUGAGAAUGGAGAACUUUUAAGAGAAGAAGAAGAGAUGAUACAAGAUGGUAGCAGUGCCGAAAGCCCUAGAAGUAAUAGAAGGAGGUCUGCCAUUACGGCAGCAUUGGCCUUAGCUCAUACUAUAAGUAGGGCUAGCGCAUACCCGCUGAAUGUAGGCUCUGUCCAAUUGCAGGUAGCGCCACCUGGAGAUGGUUUCCCUAAUUCUGGUAAGGCCGGCGAACUGGGCACAAUUUUGUCGUGGAUUGGUGCCUCUUUCUACGUGGGCGCACGUAUCCCACAAUUAAUCAAGAACUACAAUAGAAAGUCCACUGACGGCUUAUCUCCCUUCCUUUUUGCUACAACAUUACUCUGCAAUAUCACGUAUAAUGUGAGUAUUUUCACAAGUUGUCACUUCUUAACCAGCCAGAAUAAGAGGGAAUUCAUCAUGAAAGAGCUGCCCUUUAUCUUUGGAAGCGCUGGGACAAUCGUAUUCGAUUUGGCAUACUUCUAUCAGUAUUACAUCCUUUACGCAACUGAUAUGCAAUUACGGGAACUGGAAAGAGAGCUAUACAACCCUGAAGAAGACAGCGUGCAACACCGGGCGACCGAACACACAUCCCUAUUAUCUGGUGAGACACAAACUUAG